AUGCAGACGACGACAAAAGAUGUGGACGAGGACGACGACGACGAAAAGUUUAACGUGAAAAAGCUCGACACCGCGCUCGACGCCUCCCUUCAUGGUCUUUCUCGCGUGAACAAUCUUCGCUCACGGGAAACUCGUUUGGAACGGCAAACUGUUACGAUUUAUUGCGCGACAUUCAACGUCGGCAAUCAACCGAUAAACGAAACGUUUUACACGGAAUUUCUGAAGAAAAGCGAAGAUUGCGAUGUAGUUGUCGUCGCCGCGCAAGAAGCGUCGUACGGGUACUCGAGGAAAAUCACGCAACCGGCAGACUUUGCGCGCUUGGCGGAGAAAAAAGUCGAAAACGAUUCGAUUGUGAACAAAAAAGAGAAAAAAACAUUCUGGGGGUCCUCGAAAGCGACGAAGAUGGUGGCGACGUUAUCGGGAGGGAUAACCGGUGGGGUCGCGACUGGACCGUUAGCACCGGUUGGGUUCGUGGUUGGAAUGGUUGGAGGGUAUUACGGAGGGAAGAAGAUCGCGGAGGAGAGUAAAUGUAAGCAGCACUGGUUCGCGAGCGUAGAGGCGUGUUUGAAAUCGAAGAAUACUAGGAGUAGUAACAAGUCGAGCGAAUAUAAGAAGAACGAGGACGGAGAGAAUGACGACGAGAGCGAAUACGUGCUCGUGCAAAGCGAAGUGUUGAUGCAAAUGCGAUUGUCGGUGCACUGUAAAAAGUAUCUAGAGAAAAACGUGAAAAGCAUCCGAGUGGGCGUGAAAGCGACCGGCAUGGGGAACGUAGUCGGGAAUAAAGGAGGAAUUAUGGUGGAGAUUCAAUUUUACGGGGGCGAAUCAAUCGCAUUUAUAGGUUGUCACUUAGCCGCUCACGAGGAAAAGAAGUUCUACACGAGACGAAUAGAGACGAUUCGGUCGAUUUUAGGAUGCGCGUGGAGAGAUAGAAUCGAGAAGGCGUUUGGAUGCGAAGGCAACGGCCAGAGUUGGGAACAUUCGAUUAAAGCAGUCGCUGAGGCUUCUGGUUUAAUGAGUGGAGAUAAGAAUAGCAACAAUAAGAGUAGUAAUAUUAGCAGCAACAUCGACAAUGCGCGACGCGAAGUAGACGAAGAAGAACAGAAGAAGCGAAGGAGAUUGCCUCCAGAUUUAGAGUUAUUAGAAUCGGCGACGCAUACGUUUUUUAUGGGAGACUUGAACUUUAGAAUCGAUCCUGGUCCAACUCAAGCGCACGAGACGGUACAAAUCAACAGCGCGAGUGAAAUGGUUGGAGCCGAUGACGAUGACGAAAAUAGCGUUUGGAAUUCGUGCUGGUCAAAGGCAGAUAUCGUCAAGGAGACGUCCGUAAACAGACGCGCAAAGCUUCCGGGAGAAAUUGAAAGCGGGGACGAGGAUUCUGAAUCAGACAGUCAAGUGAACACGAGGAAGCAGCGGGAGAAUGUUUCAACGGGAGGAACGUCGCAGUCGUCUCCAUUCCACGUCGGAUGGAAAUUUAUAGCGGAAACAAUCAAACAGAAGAGUUGGGGAAGAUUAUGGAUCGGCGACCAACUUUUGCACGCGCAACGGCAAGGCAAGUGCCUUUUUGGAUUUCAAGAGUUACCUCUGCAGUUCCCACCUUCGUUCAAACGAGAAAAAGGUCGAAAUGAUUCGAAUCCAAUCGAUGCUACUGAAGAGUAUUAUAGCAAAAAGCGUAUCCCAAGUUAUACCGAUCGCGUGCUCAUCAAAUCUCUUCCUGGAUUCGAGGCGACCAGGAAAGCGCAUAAAUACGAAGCAUGCCACGGCGUGACGUCGAGCGAUCAUGCGCCCGUGUGUGCGACAUUUUCUGUGAAUCUUCUGCUCGGCACGUCCGAGCACGAAGACGCCAACGACGAGGUGCUCUCGGCACGACAAAAGGACGACGACGAAUACUUUGCCAUUCUGACUGUUGAAAAACUUCAACUAGAAACGCACGACGAUAGAUUGAUUUUUGCCACCGAAGAGGAACAAAGCGCGUCGCUCUUGAAAGUACAUCUCGAAAAACUUCGCACGAACGCUCUCGAAGUGGAUGACUUUGAAACCGCGGAAGGAAGUCGUUGGUCUAACGCCAAAAGUAUUUCAAACGUGGUGUUACUACCAUCGAGAUCGUUCGCAAAAGACGAAGGUGAAGACGAGGAAAAUAUUAGAGUUCGAUCGCGCUCCUCGUGCGUAUGGAAUUCACGGACGCUGAGACGAAUUGGAAACGACGCGCUCAAUCCAGACGUUUUACCAGUGGUGAAGUUACCAAAAAAAAGAGCAGAGCUUCAAAACGCGCCGUAUUACGUGAUAUUUACCGUCGUGAACGAAAAUACAAACGCGAGAGUAGGAACUGCAAUUAUAAGCGUUCCCACGGACGGUAAGAGAUUACCUUUCGAAGCCGAUUGUACGUCUCGCGGACGAGUGGUUGGUAAGUUACGAGGAGAGUGGGCUAUUGAUUUGAAAGUGACGUAA